AUGACUGCGGCCAUCCUAAACGACUUGCCAGUUUCGACGACAAUUGGAGUCGUGAUCCGGUCUUGGAGCAGAAGUGGGGUCCCAUCCUUGCUCGACCGGAGCACUCGAUCACCAUGCGAGGCCCCUAGAUGGUUCACGGAACCCACCCUGAAGUUAACCAGCGGGUACCGCAGUGAUGGAGACAGCGGACUCUGUUCUGCCGUCAACUAUAUUGGUGGCCCUUCGCUUAUGUUUCCCAUCCAGAGCAAUGGGGUCCUCUCCGCAACGCUGAGGUCUUCACUUAAAAAUACCGUACUCCUGGAGGAAACCCAGGCACGCGACGACGAGGAAUGGGUAAGGGUGGAAGGGUGGAGUGGAAGGGUCAGAAGGAGAAAGGAGGGGCUUGAACGUGCGGGUCAUCGCCCACCUUGGAGCCCCAUCCUUGCUGGAUUGAAGGUACAGAUUCGUAGCAUCGAACGGCACUCGAUCACCAUGCCAAGCUCUCAGACGGUUGUCGCCACGCACCCUAAGAUCACCGCAGCAGAGAAUUCCGUUCUGCAGUUGGACCAUAUUGGUAGCUCACUCACGUUUCCGGUGCACAAUAGCGGGAUUCUUCCGGCAACAGUGGCUGCCAUGAGAAGAUUCAAUGGGGGGUGGAUCGAGCUGGAAUCAGGGAAAUGGUGCGUUGAAUUGAAAAUGGCGAAGACUCGGACCAAAUCGGAGGGGUGGCCGUACAGUUCGUAA